CAUUCAGUUUUUGUUUUAAAUUUAAGCUAAAAGUAUAGAAAUAGCAAAGGUUGGGAACACGCAUUAGUCCGCUUAUAGGCUCAUGUGUGUGGGGUAAGGGAUAUUAGUGUCUCCCUUCUAUUGAAAACAGAUUCGUACUAGUAAAACCAUAAAAUCAUGAUAAUAGUAACAGAUUUAUUAUCUUUAACUUCUUUCUUCCAUAUUCGGUAUAAUGCCUGUUCUUCUUCUAUAUCUUUCCUCAUCCUGGCUCUAGGAUGUCACUCCACUUUUUUCGUGGCCAACCUCUACUACCUAUUCCCAUUGGAGAUUUAUCCUUCGCUAUUUUUACCAGUCUAUCACCUGUCACUUUGCUUGCAAUGCUUCUGGGUAGACUGAGUAACUCAGUGGCACUGUUGCCGAAAAAAGAGGAGUAUUGGGGGGCCAGGUUAGCAGCUAACCCUCCAGAAAACAUAUAACUAGCUUACACUACCAAUAGAAAGCCUCUGAAAGAUUUAUUGGGAAAAAAAUAAUAUUGAUCAUUUAAUAUUUUUAUUUUUGAUAGAUCAGAACAUGUUUUAUAUUCAAUAUAAUAAAUAAACAGUGAAAUUUUAAAAUUUCAUUGUUCCUUGAAAAAAUAAUUUUUUAUUUUUUUAUACAGGGGAGCCUAAAAUGUGGCGAUUGGGGGCAAUUUACCUUUAUACCAAGUUGCAUUCCUGAGGAGUGACAGAACCUCAAAGUUGCUCCAAAAAAUUUGAAAAUCAUUAAUACUUACAUUUGGAGAGAUUUGAGAUACUAUGUAUGAAAAAAAUACAUAGUUUUAUUCACAUCUUUAACAAUAAAUAGAAAGGGAAACCCAAGGAUUUUGGGAUUUACUUAAGAGAACUUUGAGUUAAAUAGGUCCCCAUGAUGCUCUAGUAAACCCUUUCGAACACAUUAUCAAUUAUUCACUACGUAUUUUAUAAUUGCGUUACCGUAUUUUAUUUUAUUCAAAAACAUAUUGAUCGAAUUUUUUCAAAGGGAGAUGUUUAGCACAAAAAAUUGCUGAAUUUACAGUAAACAAUCAACAAGUAUCAUCAUUGAUAUUAUGUAAUACAUACUUGAAAAUACCAAAUUUGGUACCCUGUAUGAGACUGGUAAAUGCUUUAAGUAAUGUUUUUACCUGUCAGUUGAUUUGAAAAAUUUGAUUUUCAUAUUUUGGAUAAUUUUUGAUUCCAACCGACGUGGGUAUCGUAAGCAAGAACUGUUACCAGAGCCGCGCAUUUCCGGUUAUGCUAUUGGAACAAGAACGGUGUAGACUAGGAGAAAGAAAUUUAUAAUAUAAUAUAAAUUUAUAAUACUUAAAAUCAUAGAGAUAUUACUGUAUUAUCUCUAUGCUUAAAAUACACUUUUGGUAGCUGCAGCAAAGUAGCAGUUAGAAAACAAUAAAAAAGAAGAAGUGUUAGAAUAACCUUUAUUUUUGUUAAACUUUCAAAUUUCAAAUCAACAUACAUGUUAGUUUUAUUAGGAAUAGUUUUACGUUAUAAUUAUUCAAUAUAUUGAAACUAAAAUGCCUUUACCCGCCUCUUAUUUCCCUAACUAUUAUUCAAUUGAUGAUAUUUUAGCUACUCAGGAAAGAACACCUUGUAAAAUUAUCCUAAAUGUUCCUAAAAUGGGCCACUUAAAUCCUUCAGUAUCGGAAAAAGAUCUACUACCCGGUACAUUCCAAGAAUUACCUUUAUGGUUAGUUGACGAGAUUUCAUUGAGUCGUCAACCAAUUGUUGCUCCAGAUUUGCCAAAAAUAUACAGGGAAUCUUAUCGGGAGAUAUUAAAAGCUGAUGCCACGGCAGUCGAUCUUCAUAAAUUCAGCCUCUAUUUCUAUGAAGUGGGCGCUUACAUUAAACAUUUUGAUAGAAAAAAUGAGGUCCAUGAUACUCUAAUACAUACAUUUAGAACUCGCUUUAGACAGCUUAUGGACUUAGCAGAUAAUACAAUAUCAGAUCCUUCGGUUCAACAAAAAUUGGAUAUGCUAGAAAGGAAAAUAUUCAAUGAGGCUUACAAGGCAAGAGUAAAAAUGAACAAUUGGUUGGUAGAUUCAAGCGCCGCUUUAGAAGCAGCUAAUAUGGUUGUCAAUCACAAGAAGAGGAAGAGAAUAAAUGUUGAGGAUUUAUUAUGAAUUUAUGAGAAAUUUUCCCACUUUCUAAAUUUUUUUUUUCAAUUAUUUUUUACAAUACUUUUAUCGAUUAUCCUCACUUGAAUAUUGUUUUAAAUUAUUUCUUCAUUAGUAAUAAAAAUAUAUAUUCAGUUUUGUAACUUAAUGGGAUAGAGUUAGAGUAUGAGGGUUGUACAAUAGUGAGAUUAGGUUUAUUUCUUUUCUAUUUUUUUUUCAUCGCUCUAACUUUUCGAAUAAAUCCUUUAUAAUACUCGUGGAAAGUUGUAUUUUAUAUUGAUAUUUGUUUCAGUUUAAUUGAUCCAAAAGUUAUUUCUCAAGUUAUUGGAAAUUAUGUGGUGUAACCUCUUUUUUCUAUAAACACAAAAUCUCCAAAACCAAAGUCAAUUCAAAAAAAGUUAUUUGAGAAAAAUCAAAAUACGAAGAUGGAGAUGAAAACAGAAACGGAGAGGCAGGUAUUUCAUCUAGCAUGGAAUGCAACCAAAAUAUUCCAAAGAGUAGGAAGAAAAUAAAAAAAAGUUGGUUUAUAAUGUAUACUGGGUGUCCCUAAAUUCGACUGCCAAAGCUCUAGGGUAAAUUCCUUGGGUCUUAUGUCCGCAAACGCAUCCUUUCCAAGAUACUGGAUGGAAAAUGUAACGUAACAUUUUUUAAAAUUAAAUUGAACGAUCCCAAAAAUUAUCGAAUUGGGACAAUUCGGCGUAAAGUGAGACAAGGCAAAGAAAUAUUAAUAAAGAAAAAAGCAGAAUCAGAACACGCCGAGUGGGCUGACGAAAAGAACGUUGAUAUAGAAAAUCUGAAUAUAAUCAAUUAUUAUGAACUUGAGAAAAAUUCUAUUCCAGAAAUUUAUAAUCUUGAAGAGUGGUUGGAAAAUGAGUGUAUAACUUAAGAUACGCCAAAGACAUGUUUAAUAAUUCAAAUUCUAAAAUUAAUUUAUUUUUAACAAGACAAAAAAUGUAUCAGAGCAAAUAUCUUAACAGUCAUAAUAUGACAUUAGAUAAUUUAGCUUGCAAUAUUCAAGUUAAAUGAACAUGUAUCGUAGGUCAAUAGACAAGUUGGGAUUUUAGCUAAUAUCCCAGGAAAAUAGGCACUUUCUUGACUUUCCGUAUUUUCCUCUUUCUCUCUCUCUCAUUGUCUGCAGAUUCAUCAGUCGUGCUGUCGCUUCUGUCGAACAUACAGUGUCUUGUUCAGUUUUGUGUAUUAUUAGUCAGUUUGUUAGUACAAAUGACCACUACAACUAACACAGCACGCGUGGGGGCCCACUGCUUGGUCUCUAAUUAAAGUACCAAAAUACAGUUCUUGACCAAAUUAUUAGACGCACUGCAACAUUUCAUGUAAAAUGUUAAUAACCGAUUGAUAUUGUACCAUUUCAUUGUUUUAAAUUGCAUUGUUUUUUUUAUAUUAUCUAAUAAAUCACCAAUUAAUUUAAUAUAAAUAAAACAACAUUAAUUUAGAAAAUCAAUGUAAUUAAAAGUCAAUAUUUAGUUGAGCCACCUUUAGCCGCUAUCAAAGCUUUAAUUCUGCGCUGCAUGCUAUCAAUGCAAGACUCUACUGUCUUCUGUAUUUAAGGAUGAUGAUUCCACACAUGAAUAAUCUUCUCCAAAAGCUGGGUUUUGUGGGUAAUCACAUCUUUAGGUACUUUCAUUAGCUCCCACACAUUUUCAAUGGGAUUCAUAUCGGUACUAUUACCAGGCCAAUCCAACAGAGGGAUAUUUUCUUCUGCCAAAAAAGCUUUGACAGACCGAGCAGUGUGGCAGGGAGUUCCAUCUUAAAUGAAAGUGAAUGGUUCUCCAUUUGGAAACCAUUCUCUGAGCUGCGGAAUCAAGUGAUUCUGUAAUACUUUUUUGAACUGAUCUUUCCUCAUUAUUCCUAUUACGACGUACAGACGUCCAGUGCCUUUGCCGCUCAUGACUGACCAAAUCAUCACUAUGGUGGGAUGUUUAACCGUUGGAACGACACAGUCAGGAUGAAACUUUUCUCCACAACGACGACGCACAUACAGAGCUUUAUUCUGCAAAAUUUCCAAUAUGCUUUCGUCACUGAAGCAGUCCUGUCAAAAAUAGAAAUAAAUCAAGUUUUAAUUAAAUAACAAUAUAUUACCGAUUUCCAGGAGCCCACAUCUUUGUCUUUCCAUUGUUUGCCCCACUUCAGGUGCUUUGCUUUUAUUGCAGCUGUUAACUUGGGCUUCCUACGGGGUGGCAGGCCUUAAAAUCUAGCUCUUUCAAUUUUCUUCGAACAGUGCGUUCAGAAGCAUUUACGCUAGCAUACUGCAGUUGUGAUCUUAUCAUGUUUGUGGUAGCAAAUCUGUUUUCUAGACAAAUUUUCUUCAAACAUCUCUCUCUGUGGAGUGAAAACUGGUUUUCUACCGCAUCUUUUCUUUCUUUUUGGACUUAAUUCCUCUCCUCACUCAAUUUUCUUUUUUAUGCGUGAAAUUUUGUAAAUGUUUUCGCUUUCACAACGGCCUUCACUUCAGCUGUUUUACGUUGUGAAAGGUCGCCUUUUCUACCCAUAAUGAAAAAAGUCCAAUUAUUUUUUUUGAACACUACAAAUAAAAUAAACAAAUAACUGUUAAACAAACAAUCGCAGUCCAUAAAGCCACAGAAACACGCCCGUACCUGACGAGAUUCCGAUCGCGACUAAUGAAGGUUUGUACUUGUUUACGUUCAGUGUUGCCACAAUUUAAAAGCUGAAUGUAAAAAUUGAACUAGAAAAUUUACUAGAUUGUACCAACUUCAAACAAAUUUAAUAAAAUUAUAGAAAGAUGUAUAAAUAUAAGUUUAAAUUAAAUUUUUUUUUCCAAAAAUGUUAUAGACUGUGUCAAUUAUUAUUUUAAGGAUGAAAAAUUUAUACUAUAAAGUUUACCGAUAAAAUUAGCAAUGAAGUACAAAAAUCUCACGAUCUAAAUAUAAAUCAACUUGGCUCUGUUUUCUAAUUAUUGUUACAAUCUAGUACAAUUUCUAGUUUAUUUUAUUAAACGAAAAUAUAAAAUAACUUUAUAUUUGCGAACGCAGGGAAAAUGUAUUAGAAAAAAGGAAAAAUGUACUAGCAUAUAAAAUGCACUAAAAUGUACUAAAAUUGUACAAUUGUACUAGCUCUGGCAACACUGUUUACGUUCAUGUAUCACAUUGUGAACACAGUGUUGCCAUAUGUUCAAAAUAAAUACAAAUAGGUAGUCUACAACAAAUCUUCGAAAUAAAAAUUAAUAAUAUUGUAAUUUAUAUAUACAAUUACUGCAUAAAAACUCUUAAGAAAUAUAAAAUUAUUUAAAAAAUACAGUGCAUCUAAUAAUUUGGUCAGGGACUGUAUUUGAAAUAGGCUUUUUUCACAUUUUCGGAAAAUGGCCUGGCUUGCGAUUUCACCAUAAAUUCUUCACAAAUAUAGCAAAAUUUGUCGGGAGAAGUCGACUAUAAAAUUUACUGAUAUUAACCGCCCAUUUAUAUAUAUAUAUAUAUAUAAGUUACCUGCUAAUGUAAACAGGGAUAAUAAAACUAUUGAAAAGUGGUACGUGUUAGUGCUUAAUGAAUAUUUUUUCUAUUAUUGGAGGGGUAUUUCCUUUUUAAAGAUAAGCUAUGUAAGCGAAAAUCUUAUCAGUCAGUGUUAUUAUACCAGCAAACAUAAAAUGUGAUUUUUUUUUAUAUUUUAUUUUUGAGAUAUUGUAUGUGGGAUUUAAAGUAAAAAUUAUUUUUGAAUUGAA